UGUCAAAAAGACACCUACUGCUGUUGCGAAUUCCAAUUUCCAUCUUUAUUUUAAAUAACCAGACCCGCAAGUAAUUUAUUAGUUAACUAUUACAUUUAAUAUUUUCAUUAUCACUUCGUAAAAUUACAUUAUUUCGCUCUAUUUAGCGAUUGUGUGAAAUUUCUAUUAUAGGCCAUAAUUAUAAUCUAGGAUUAGGACUAAAAUGUCUAAUGUUUCUGAAGCACUUCAAUGGCCGUGUACCUCUUGUGUCAAUAAAAGGUGUUGUGUUGUUCGUAAACUGUAAAUAAAAUGUAUCAUUACAAGUAUGUGAUUAUGGACACUUCGCAAUGGCAAAAGUGGUUAUUUAUUUCGUUGGUUUGUAUGAGCGGGGCGCUGGAUAUCGUUGAUGGCUUGAAAUGCUAUUGCAACCGUCCAACAUGUCCAAAUGACACGUGUGAGACAGAUGGCUACUGUGUGGCAUCCACUAGCCUGGAGAACGGAGUCCAAAAAUUCACUUACGACUGUAUCGACCGCAAAGCACUGAUACCCAUCGAGCAUCCCUUCAGUUGCUCCACGACGAAAACUAGAAAUGAGUCGGUGGUGAUUGAUUGUUGUAACUCACAUGACAUGUGCAAUCGAGAGCUGCGCCUGGAGCUGCAACCGAAGCCGCAAGAGUCGAGUCCGUCAGCGACUGCGUGGCAAGUGCUACCCUGGGUGAUGGGGCUCGUGGUGCUGGGGGUCUGUGCCGCCAUCAGCCUGUGGUGGGCGAAGCGGUCCCGCAAGAUGAUGAAGCGGGGCUCCCGCGGUAUGUUCCCGGCGGAAGACUCCCUGUGCGAGACCAGGCUACCCAUUAUUGGAGGGACUACUACCAUACGCGACAUGAUCGAGCUCACUACUUCCGGCUCGGGGUCUGGUCUGCCACUGCUAGUCCAACGAUCGAUCGCUCGACAAAUCCAGCUCGCAGACAUUAUCGGAAAGGGCCGCUUCGGCGAAGUAUGGCGAGGGCGGUGGCGUGGUGAAGAUGUGGCCGUGAAGAUAUUCUCCUCACGGGAGGAAUGCUCCUGGUUCAGAGAGGCCGAGAUCUACCAGACUGUGAUGCUAAGGCAUGAGAAUAUACUUGGAUUUAUUGCGGCUGAUAAUAAAGACAAUGGCACUUGGACUCAACUGUGGCUAAUCACUGAUUACCAUGAGAACGGCUCGCUGUUCGACUAUCUCGGCGCGAGGACCAUAGACCAACACACUCUGGUCAAGAUGGCGUUGUCUAUUGCCACGGGUCUGGCACAUUUGCAUAUGGACAUCGUCGGCACCAAAGGCAAGCCAGCUAUCGCCCACCGGGACCUCAAGUCUAAAAACAUCCUGGUGAAGAACAACCUAACGUGCGUGAUUGGUGACCUCGGGCUCGCCGUGAGACACAACGUGGCGAGCGACAGCGUCGACGUGCCGUCCACCAACCGUGUCGGAACUAAGCGGUACAUGGCUCCGGAGGUGCUGGACGAAACCAUGGACACGCGUCAGUUUGACCCUUACAAGCGUUCAGACGUGUACUCCUUCGGCCUAGUGGUGUGGGAGAUGGCGCGGCGUUGCGGUUCGAUGCCGGACGAGUACCAACCGCCGUACUACGAGUGCGUGCCUCCGGACCCCGCUCUGGAGGACAUGAGGAGGGUUGUCUGUAUUGAGAAGAGGAGGCCCAAUGUGCCCAAUCGAUGGCAUGCUGAUCCGGUUCUGUCAGCGAUAUCAAAGGUGAUGAAAGAGUGUUGGUACCAGAAUCCCGCCGCACGUUUGACCGCGUUGCGCAUCAAAAAGACACUAGCCAAUAUUGGCGCCGGCGAUCACAAGAUGUGAACGAUUUGUACCAACUUGAUUGCUAGUGAACUUUGACGUCACACGGUCGAUUCAUAAGCGUAGAACUGUCUGAUGCAUACCGGAAUAGUCCAGCUCAUGUAGUUCGUCUAAACGGUACAGAUUCAAAAUCGAUUCGCUUCGGUUUUACGGUUUUUAUCGAAAGAAACCGUUACGUAGUUGCGAAUGUACGUUUCUGUUGAUAAAUGAACAGUUGAGAUAAAACUGAUCGUAGAAUUUCAGUAACACAGUUGUAUUUUUUUUUAAUUUCUAUGUAAAACGUAAUUGUCACGUGUGUCAGAUGAUUACUAUGUUACUGUGUGAAUAAUUCUACAGGACGUACCUACCACGUACCAGGAGAUUUUCGAACUCGAUGUAUCCAGUUGAUGACUUGAUACGGAGUUGGAAAGUCCCGGGUUUAUAAGAAUGUGUUAUGUAGUUUCAUAGCAGGGAUGUGUCGCCACAAUCUUACCCGUGCUUCCGACAUAAAGGUUUUCGUAUAAUGCCAUUAUGCUAAGUUCCAUCGUUAAGCUGAACUGGGCUUGACACAAAUCCGCCUAAACAAAGAUCAGAGCAGCUUUCAAACUGAUUCUGGUUUAGUGUGUAGUUAUGAAAUGUAUAUUUAAAUUGUGUAUUUUGUGUUUUAAAGCUGCAUAACAAUUAGUCAACAAAUAGCAUAUUCCUAAACAUAUUUGUUGCCAAUUAUAAGAAAUUUGCAAGUUAGAAAGACAAUGUUUUGAUCGAGUUAUUUUUAAUAUAGCUCUCAAAACGUAAAUAUAACAAAAAUUAAAAUAAAGCAAUAAUAAGCCUUAUAAAUCACCAUAACAAAUAUGGUUUGCUACCCGCAUUUUAGCAAUCCCUUAUUUGAAAAUAACGAAUGAGAUUAAGAAAACUUUGUAAGUGUGUAUGUCCCGAAGGGGGCGUCUCAGGCCUGGACACUAAAAGUGGCUACUUAUUGUGUUUGUCGUAUAACGAACUCUUGAACGCGAAACGAAACGUUGCCUCAUACUGGUGUGUAAAGGUUUUAAAUUGCCUGUUGGUCAAUAUUUUUAAUUUAAUUUGCUAUUAAAUGUUAUUUUUUGACCAAUGUUGUAUAUUGCCAGUUGAAGACAUUUUGAAUAGAGUAAAUACCCCAAAACCACUGCAAUACCCCACUUAAACUACAUUUUAAUGGUGUAUUAUAGUGUGGCUAGUUACUAUGCUUGAGUUGAUAAGUAUUCGGAAACAUUUGAUUCAACCAAGUUGAUAUUGAGCAAAAGACUGAGAUAGGUAGGUUCGUACAAUAUUAAAGGCGGGACGGCAGCUAUAUUUCAGCUCUUUCUAUCCUGCUUGUGAUUUCAGCGAAAAAGUAUAUAUUUUUUUGUUUUGUUACCUUUAAUAGGUAUCUAACUUGUAGUCUUAAUAGGGCACAAAAGUAGCCAUAUCGGAAAAUGUCUUCAUCUGGAAUAUGCAGUCACUGGAUGGGAGUUCAGACUAAAAUUGUGAUCAUUGAAUUUUAUACUCUAUUUCUAUUGAAUACCAUUACAAUGCUAGACCAAAUUCAUUCAUUUAAAACAUCAUGUCUAUAACUUACGUAAACCAUUGUCCAUAAUGCAUCAGGCAUUAUAUCACAUUAUGCAUUCGCCCCGACGUUGUCUGAGCUUCGCAACCAGUAGGCAAAUAUUGUAAACAGCUCGGUGACGGCAAAGAAUAAGAAUGAAGACCGUAAAAGCGGCGUAUACGUCUCCAAAUCCUACCUCUUAGAUUAUAAACGUGUAAUAUCAAAAGGAGCAUUUAUUACAAAUAUAUUGUACGUUAAUGUGGACUUAAACCGCGUUAUUACAAAACGUUUAUUAAAAUUAAGCUACCCUGUUCUAACUUUUUGAUACUGUAAAUGGAUGUAUAUUUAAAGAAAAUAUGUAGGUACAUUCCCUAAAUCUAACGUGAAGUGGCGGCAUAAAAAAUGAAUAUUUUUGUUUUGUAAAUUCAAAAAAUGUUUAAUGCGGGAAGUAUUCGCAUUUGUAUGAAUAAAAACAUUGGCAGGGUUGUGGUCUAAAGCAAAUACUAACGUUUUACGUUUUGAAAUAAGGCGGGAAUUUAGUGAUAUUUUUCGUUACCAACUACGUAGUUUCUAUCUUUUGUUAAGGUUUUAGUUAGUUUAUUAGUUAAGUCGAUCAGUGUACAGAAUGUGAAUUUUUUUUUAAAUAUAUUUUCUGUGAUAUAGAUUCGCAGACACAGUUGUAAUGUAGAUUUGUGGUUCUUUUUGCGUGUAGUUCGUGUGUUUGUAUGCGAGUUCGGGGCUUGUUACAUUAUCACAAUAGUGAUUUACUGUAUUGAUUAUGUUUUAAGUUUACUAGUCUGCGUCGGAUCGAUAGUGUUUAUUCCAUCUCUUCGGUGUUAUAUUGUAAGGAGCGCAAUGGUAACUGGUACAUUAUAUAUACAUCGUCUUUAUAUAUAAGUUUGCUUUGGCGGUUGCGGUGUCGCUGACUUGGCCCAUGCCAAGAACGAGUUCAGUGUUAAACGUUAUUCGGCAAACUUUUUGUUUAUUCAUAGUUUUGCGUUAUAGGAAAUUAGUCUGCCGAUACAAAGCCACAUGAAAAGCACUAUCGUUUCAGACUUGAAGAGUGUUACAUCGGAUCGUUAAUAAAGCGAAUUUAUUGUAAGUAAUUUUAAGACGUACAUAUUUUACAACAAAAAGUUUCUAAAGUCACACUACCCCAUAUAUAAUUUUUUAACUUGUUAAUAUCUUAAAUCAUCAGCUACAAUUUCUAUACUGUAGUAGGAAUAGAAGUAGUAGAAUAGUAGUGACGUGCUUCCCCAUUUCACUCUCUGAUCUUUGGGCAAUACCCGGUUGUAGUCUUGGUUAUACCGCUUUCAUAUAUAUUUUUAGUUUAGUUAAAACUAGGAAGGCUCUAAAGUCCCCAAGUUACCCGAAUGGGUCAGAGGUCGUUCAGUGGUCCUUGAUCUCGACCUUGGCUGGUCAACCUUAUAAGACUUCACUGUGACGGCUAUUGGGCGAAAAGUCAAGUGUAUAAAAUAAACGCACCUUUUUUGUUUGACAAGUCUGAUAGAAUAUUAAUUGAUGUCAAUUCCACAGAGGUUGUCGAGCUGCUUCCCUUUCCAGAUUGUAAAAGACAAUAAAGGGAAAUACUAAUAAUAUUGGGAUUCAAAUCUCAGUUACAACAACAAACCAUACAGCUGAACGUGGCUUUUUAGUCUUUUCGGGACUCUGUUGGCUCUGUCUACCUCGAAAGGGAUAAAGACGUAAUAUGUAUGUUUGUAAGAGGUUGUCGACAUCAUAAGUGAAUUUCUUACACAGACUUAAAAAGCUCAGGACUGACUGACUACAUUUAAAAAAGGGUAAAAUUAUUACUUGGUUGCAAGUUUUUUAUCUUUUAAAACUGGUAAUGAAGGGAUAUGCUGGAUACUUAGACGUUUAUCGUUAAGAAACCAUAUUAAAUCAAAAUAUGAUCUAGAUGAUUUUAGUAGCUUAAUAACGAUUUUUUUUUGUUAUAUUGAUGUGUUUUUGCAAUAAUGAUGCCCUCUUUUAGAACAAUAACGGUUGAGUGGAAAUUUUACAUUUUUUCCGUUUUUGUAAUACCUAAGCUUAAUUCUUCUUCAAAAUACGCUAAGUAACAAACUUAAACCUAGAAUCGGAAUUUAGGAGCAUGAUACUAAUUCGACAAUGAAUUUUAUAUUUUCUGUAUGAACUUGCGUAUUUUGGAUGGAGAAUAUCAGAAUACAAGCAAAAAAUGUUGAGUACCCCUUUACGUACAAGAUUUCAUAUCUUUUUUUGUUUAAAACAUGGUUAAUAUGUAUAUUAGAUAGAAUGUAAGAGUUAUGGUGAUCAUAUAAUCAUACGAAAAUUUAAGACAUUCACAAUAAGAAAUACAACAACUUAAGUCAUAGAAAUACAAUACAUCCUUUGUAUACGAAAGCAAAAGUAUAUAUAUUAUAAAACUUGAGCGUUCAAGGGGGGUCUUAAUUACAAUUAAAUUAAUUGUUAUAGUAUAAUCAACAAGUCGUUUCUGAAUAUUUUUAUGGAGCACGCCACUGAAGUAAAUGUAAGUAGUGUAGCUGUAGACUUGUUUGGUGAAAACGCUUUUUAGGGCGGUAAAUUAAGUGUUUUUAACAUAUUUUAUGUGUAAAUUUAUAAGGUUAUUUUUACGACGUUAGUGUAACAUAAAUUUGUCGUUAGUAUUUUCUUCGCCGUAUAAAUUGGUUAAAUAUGUAUAUAACUUGGACAUAGAUUCUUUAAUUAAUCUUUUUAUCUGAUAAGCACGUAGAUUUGGUAUCUUUGUCUAAACUUUUUAUAUGUAGUGUUAAAUGUUUUUUAUUAUUUUUUUAAUGGCACCCAGUGACAGUGUACAAGCAAGUACGUUAUAUAUUUCAAACGAUUUAUUAAAUAUUUCUUCGGACGUGCGUUUUUUCGGUAUAAUUUUAAUUUAAUUAACUAUAUAAUAUUAUUCAAUAGCGUACUAAUGUAGUGGUUUUAUAUGUUAUUUUUUUUCGCAAAGCCGUCUUUUAACUUACAAAUAUGAGCGAAAAUAGAAGUUUUUGUAUUCAUAACUGUCAAAUGACUAUAGACUGAUUUUGAUAACAGAAACGUAAAUACUGCUUCCGUAUAGGUAAAACGAAGAGCAUGCCACAUUUUAUUUUUAUAAUACAUAUUCAAUAUUGACAUAGUAUUGUUGGGAACGACAAUAAUUUAUUUUUGAAAUAGCCAUAGAAACACUGUGUACAAGUUUCUUUUAUGGUGUGUUUAUGUAUCACUACACGUGUAGUGUAAGCUGACAAAUUAAUAUAACGCAGUAUAUUUUUCCAUCAAAACAAUCUUAGCAGUCAAUUGAAAACUUAACGAUUACAUAAAAUUAUUGUUACGUAAGACAACAUUUAGUUGAUAUCGUUUUUACAAUGUACUUGUAAAGAAAAGGUUUUCAACAAAAUGUUGUUCGCGGAGUACCCGUUCCGCGCGAACACGGGGCGAGUCGCUAGUUACAAUCAUGAGAUUUAAUUUUAGUCAUAUAUCACGUGUAACAAUUUUGUAGUGUAUUCUUAAAAAUAUGUAUUAUUAACUUUGGUGUGGUGUUUAACAACUUUAAAUUCUAUUGAAGUAUUAGGUAUUAGACAUGAUAAUAUGUAUUUGGUGCCCAAUUUAAGUUUUCUAUUGAACAGGAGACUAAGUUAAUUAGUCGAAGGUAAAUAAGAAUUAGAUGUCAGUUAUUGUUGUCAGUUUUUACAUAAUAUUUAUAGUCAGGUUUAGUGAAGUAUUCUUAUCACUUCAUCACAGCGGUUAGUCAUCACAGCGUAAAACGGUUGUCUUAUUAUCUAGAAGCAAUAUCUAUGUAAUGUAAUAUUUUCGCCUUAUUUAUUUUACAAGGUCCUGACGCAUGACGCGGGCGCUUUAGUUCUUAUUUUGAAAAUAAGUGCCUCCACUAACGCUAAAAGUUUGUAAAAUAAAAUUUGAAUUUAUAAUGUAAUUUAAAGCAAAACCUCUAAAAUUUCAAGGUUACCCUCUGUUUUACCAGCACGAGGCCCUGUCUACCCCGAUGGGGAUAAAGACGUGACAAUAUGUAUUUAAAGCGGUACUACAAGGUCGAAAUAAUUUAUCAGUUAACAGUAAUUUAAUAUAGGAAAUAGUUUCAAAAUAUAAAUAUUCGAUGUUGUAUUCCCUAUUUGAUAGGAAUUGGUUGUAUGAAACAGUAAAAUUACCGACAAGAGUUAUGAACCAGAACACCAUCCAAGCUUGCGGUAUUAAAUUUAGAAGUUUGUUCGACUGUGUUUAUUUAGUGAUGUGAGGGAGUAAAUUAAAAACUAAUGAAAAUGUUACCGAUUUCAAAUUAAACGUUAUUGGCAAUAAAGCUGUGUCUUCAAUUGUUAUUUGAAAAUGGAUCUAGCUAAAGUAGCAAAAGGAUUAACAUUUAACCACGAAUGAAAUAUACAUUUUAUGAUUCGAACAAAGGAUUUGCUAUUCGGAUUGGUGAAUAAUUAUACGUAAAUUCAUUUAUAAUUAUGACGAAACUUUGCAUACAAAUAUUGAUAUAUUUAGAAUUAGCCUAGUCGACAAGUUCAAAUUGAUGUCUCGGAAAUUUUCAAAAUGUACAAGCAAACUUCUGUUUGAAACUAAUUAUGAGCAAUACCAAAAGUACAAUUGUUUACUUAAUCCGCAAUACUAUAGCCUGCGUCAUAUCACAAAUUUGUAAUUCUGCGGUUUAUUCCAGACGAUUGUAGAUACAUAUAUUAUUUAAAUAUUCCUCUAGUUAUAAUGUAUUAAUUGUUUAUGGAGUGGACUCAUUAAUAUAAUAAAUGAAAGUGUUUUUUUUUUU